GAGUUCAGCAGAUUUGGUCAUGCCCUUUGCAUGCUGGGAACCGCAGUUCUCCCGUCCAGCUACGUAGACACAAGGUGACGGGACACGCGCUGUAAGUUCGGGUUGGUCCGGACCUCCCGGGAGCCUCCGCAUUCCACGAUGACAGGAUUGCCCCGCUGCAGUAGCCCGCAUGCGUGCGCGAUUGGCUUUCAGAGCAACUAAGAACAGAAACUGAAGCGCUACGAUUUCUCACCGGUUUGAGUCGGGCUGCUGGCGGACCGGACUCUCGUGUCCCGCUCCUCCCCACUUCGAAAGCUACAGUAGUAGGCCCUGGGGCACGGAGGACAGUUGAGGCACGACUGCAUCGUCCCGCCAGCGAGGGAAGGAGAGAAGUUCGCCCUCGUCGCUGCAGCUAGUAGUCUGGCCGGCUGACACCCGGGAGGCUGCAGACCCAGGGUUGGUCCCUGGGCAAACAGUGUACGAGAUGGGACGGACGUCGAAGGACAAGCGGGAUGUCUACUACCGCCUGGCCAAGGAAAAUGGCUGGCGUGCCCGCAGUGCCUUCAAGCUGCUACAACUCAAUGAGGAAUUCCAACUCUUCCAAGGUGUGACACGGGCAGUUGACCUGUGUGCAGCCCCGGGCAGCUGGAGCCAGGUGCUGAGCCAGAAGAUUGGGAGUCCACAGGGGUCCGGCCAUGUGGUGGCUGUGGACCUUCAAGCUAUGGCUCCACUACCAGGUGUGUUACAGAUCCAGGGGGACAUCACCCAGCUGUCCACUGCCAAGGAGAUCAUCCGGCACUUUGAGGGCUGCCCCGCGGACCUAGUGGUGUGUGACGGGGCUCCCGAUGUAACUGGCCUCCAUGAUGUUGAUGAGUAUAUGCAGGCCCAGCUUCUCCUAGCCGCUCUGAACAUUGCUACACAUGUCUUGAAGCCAGGGGGCUGCUUUGUAGCCAAGAUCUUCCGAGGCCGGGAUGUGACACUGCUCUACAGUCAGCUGCGUGUCUUCUUUUCCAACGUGCUCUGUGCCAAGCCUAGGAGCAGCCGGAACUCCAGCAUCGAGGCCUUCGCUGUCUGUCAGGGUUAUGACCCCCCUGAGGGCUUCCUGCCAGACCUGACCAAACCCCUGCUGGACCACUCUUACGAUCCAGAUCUCAACCAAUUAGAUGGACCCACCCGCAUCAUUGUUCCAUUUGUGGCCUGUGGGGACCUGAGCUCCUAUGAUUCGGACCGCAGUUACCCACUGGACCUCGAGGAUGGCUCGGAGUACAAGUACAUGCCGCCCACGCAGCCCCCCAUCUCGCCGCCAUACCAGGAAGCCUGCAUGUUGAAGAAGAAGGGGCGGCUGGCUAAGGAGAUCCGCUCCCAGGACUGCCCCAUCAGCACAGUGAACACAUUGCUCCAGCCCCUGGCUGCCCCACAGCGCCACACCCUGAUGGCCUCUGAGGUGGAAGACAGUGGAAUGAAUUGUUCAGCUUAACACAUCAAGCUGGCAGUCUGUGACAACUUGGAAGCUGUUUGCUGUCAGGAGAACCAGAACUUGUGUUCAUGAACUUGUUUUUCAAAUAUCUCGUCACUGGGUUCUGAACACAAGCUUCGAGUGGGAAUCUGCAAUGACCACCAUGAACACAGCCAGGAAUGAAACAUCAUGGAAAGUUCGUUUGAACCACAGAAGGGGUUCUUGACUGAAAUCUUGCCUGUUCUCUGAAUCUUCCCAGCGGUAUCAAUGAAUAUGAUGGAGGAAAAUAGUACAUCUUUAUUUUCACUAAUAUAACUAAAAUUUAGUUUUAUUCCCAAAUAUGAAUUUCUAGCAGUAAAUCAUGGUUAUAAAAGCAGUGCCUGUGACUUUCCUGACAAACCAAAUCAAAUCAGUUCAUUUUUAUAGUAGGGUUUAUGGGCAUCAUGAAAUAUUGUUCACGUUUGUCACUAAUUGGAAUCAUGGGAUAUCUUAUAAUUUGAUUUACUAAUAAAAAUGCCAUAUAUUAUUACA